AGUAUUAUAAAUAUUCUUACAUAUUAUAACAAUAAUAAAUAACAUAUUAAAUUGACACAUAAACAAGUAUUAUUUUAACUGUCAAAAGGUGUAAUACACGUACACAUGAUCCAGUUUAUUGAGUUUCAUGGACUUGGUGAUUUAUAUACAUAUAAAUAUAAUGUGUAUUGAAUGAUAUGUCAUGCAAGCGAGUAUUUAUCAAUCAAAAAAAAUAUCACAACAAUUAACAAGUAAAUUAAAUAUAAACGAUAUAAUAUUGUCUGUUUGGGAAUCAAGUAUACGUCGUGGAAGAGUUAUAUUUGACGUUAAAACAAUAUCAAUCGACGAGCUGGCUCUUUUAGGAAAAUUGGAGGAGGCAAACAGGCUCAUUGAGUCUGAUGUCAAAUCAUGUAAUUCAUUGCAAGGUGUCGAUGGACAUAAUAGAAAAAUAUCUGAUGCAGCAUCAGCAUCAAAUGGUGAUGAUAAUGAUGAUGAUGAUGUUAAUAAUUCAACAAAAUGUGAUAUACCAAGUGAUGGUGAAGUGGAUGUAUGGAAACGAUGGGGUCAUAUUGUAGCUGAUUGGGAUAAUUACUGGAAAAAACAUAAAGAUGUUAUUAGAGAUUUAGUUAAACAAGGCAUUCCACAUCAUUUUAGGGGUAUUGUAUGGCAAUUACUAUGUGGUGCUCAUGAUUCACCAGUUAAAAAACAAUUUGCUGAAUAUAUAAAAGCAACAUCAGCAUGUGAAAGAAUAAUACGUCGUGAUAUUGCACGUACAUAUCCUGAACAUGAAUUUUUUAAAGAAAAAGAUGGUUUAGGACAAGAAAGUUUAUUUAAUGUUAUGAAAGCAUAUAGUCUUCAUGAUAGAGAAGUUGGUUAUUGUCAAGGUUCUGGUUUUAUUGUUGGUUUACUAUUAAUGCAGCAAAUGCCAGAAGAAGAAGCAUUUGCAAUACUUGUUGCAUUGAUGCAAGAAUAUCGUUUACGUGAUAUGUUUAAACCAAGUAUGGCUGAACUUGGAGUAUGUAUGUAUCAACUUGAGCAUCUUGUAACAGAUACAUAUCCAGAAUUAUCAGCACAUUUUAUAGCACAAAGUUUUCAUACAUCAAUGUAUGCAUCAUCUUGGUUUUUAACAUUAUUUACAACAGCAUUAAGUCUUCCAUUGGCAUGUCGUAUAUUUGAUGUAUUUUUAAUGGAAGGUAUGGAAAUAAUAUUUAAAGUAGCACUUGCAAUGCUUGAACUUGGUAAAAAUGAUUUAUUAAGUUUAGAUAUGGAAGGUAUGUUAAAAUUUUUUCAAAAAGAAUUACCAGGACGUGCUGAAAAUAAGCCAGAUUAUCUUAUGAAUUUAGCAUAUAGUAUGAAAAUAAAUACAAAACGUAUGAAAAAAUUAGAAAAAGAUUAUACUGUAUUAAAAAUGAAAGAACAAGAAGAAAUGGUUGAGCUACGUCGUUUAAGAGCUGAAAAUCGUUUAUUACGUCAAAGAACAGAAUUAUUAGAAGCUGAAUCUGCUGAAUUAGCUGAUCGUUUAGUUAAAGGACAAGUAUCACGUGCUGAAGAAGAAGAAACAACAUUUGUUGUACAACGUGAACUUGCUGCAUUACGUCAUACACAUUUAGAAACAAGUCAUCAAUUAGAACAAGCACAUGAAGAAUUACGUUCAAUGUCAAUGUUUUUAGAAGAAAAUAUAUCAUCAAAACAAUCAUCAAUUGAUGAAAUAUCAUUAAAAGCUGAAGUAUUAUCACAAAAAGAAGAUAUGAUUGAAUGUUUACAACAAGAAUUAGUACGUGUACGUUUACAUGAAGCUGAAAAUGAUGCAACAAUACGUGAUUUACGUAGUAGAAUACAAGAACUUGAACAAGAUAAAAAAACAUUACGUGAAUCAACACCAGAUAAUUCAGUUGCACAUUUACAAGAAGAAUUAAUUGCUGUUAAAUUACGUGAAGCUGAAGCAAAUUUAUCAUUAAAAGAUUUACGUCAACGUGUUACUGAAUUAAGUACAUCAUGGCAACGUCAUUUACAAGAACAUCGUUCAUCACAAUCAGCACCAUCAGCUGAUUCAACACCUAAAAAAUUAUUAUUUUGGGAAAAUCGUGGUCAUGAAGUACAAAAAUUAGAAGAAGAUUUAAUGUCAACAAGAGUCAGAGAAAUGGUUGUAUUAAGUGAAGUUAAAGAAUUAAGAUUAAAAUUAAUGGAACUUGAAACACAAGUACAAGUUGCAACAAAUCAAUUAAGAAGACAAGAUGAAGGUGAAAAAACAUUAAGAGAUGAACUUGAAGUAUCAAUUGCUAAAGAAAAAGAAUUAUCAAGUAAAUUGAGAGAACAAAUGCAUAAAUAUACUGAUUUAGAAUCAAAAAUGAAAGAUGAUGCUAUGAUGGCUAGAAUACGUGAUGCUGAACAUGCACAACAUGUUGCUGAAUUAACACAAAAAAUAUCAUUACUUCAAUUAAAGAAUGAAGAAAUGCAUGCUGAAGGUGAACUGAGAAAUAAUCUUGAUGACAGUGAAAGGGUACGUGAUUUACAAGAUAAAGUUGCUGAAUUAAAAGCUGAGUUUCCCACGCCAAUAACAAGUCCAGAGACUGAGCCUUGGCGCUGGCUCGAGUAAGUUUAUUAAUAAAAAUCCAUCCGAAUCAUGAGGAUGAGAAAUAGCAAACGUCAGUGGACUGAUUCGACUGAAAAUAUUGGUCGUAAUUUUAGUCUUGAUACUGAGAGUGAAGGUGAUGAAAAAGAUUUACGUAUUUGUAUACAAGAUCAAAUUGUAAGUGGUACUGUAUCAAAUAUUCCAAGACUUUAGCAUAAUUAUUUUAUCAUUU